AUGGAUGGAGACAUAGUCAUUGCCUCUUUGAUGCCCUCUGGGAACAUACUAAAUUCUAGCAUGACCCUGGAACAAAAAACAACAUUUUCCUUUGUGAUUUUCCUAUUUAUUUUCUUGAGAAUCCUGAUUUUUGCUUCUUGAAUUCUCCUUGACCCGUACCAGAGUAUGCCAACCACAGCCUGGGCAGUUGGACUUGAUGGUCUGGAGACAGGACAGUUUGACUAUGCUCUUGCCUGGAGACUGAGAAUUAUGGAGGCUUAUUUAGCACUCUGA